UGCUAGGGUUGAGUUUAUUUUGACCCUUCCAUUUUAAAUUUGGGGCUGGAGCAAGAGUUAAAGUCCAACCGCAGGAGAGAGUCUGCUGAACUUCAGACAUGAGGGACCCGGGGAGGACGAGCCUGGCCCAGCUAGAGAACCUGUGCAAACAGCUGUAUGAGACCACAGACACGGCCACCCGCCUGCAGGCCGAGAAAGCCUUGGUGGAGUUCACCAACAGCCCCGACUGCCUGAGCAAGUGCCAGCUGCUGCUCGAAAGAGGAAGCUCGUCCUACUCCCAGCUACUGGCAGCCACAUGCCUUACGAAGCUCGUGUCGCGCACGAACAACCCCCUGCCGCUGGAGCAGCGAGUGGACAUCCGGAACUAUGUGCUCAACUACCUUGCCACGCGGCCCAAGCUGGCCACCUUUGUGACCCAGGCGCUCAUUCAGUUGUACGCCAGGAUCACCAAGCUGGGCUGGUUCGACUGCCAGAAGGACGACUAUGUGUUCAGAAAUGCCAUCACAGACGUCACAAGGUUUUUACAGGACAGUGUGGAAUACUGCAUCAUUGGGGUCACAAUUUUAUCCCAGCUAACCAAUGAAAUUAAUCAAGCAGACACCACCCAUCCUUUAACCAAGCACAGGAAAAUAGCCUCCUCUUUCCGAGAUUCAUCAUUAUUUGAUAUCUUUACGCUUUCCUGCAAUCUACUAAAACAGGCUUCGGGGAAAAACCUGAACUUGAAUGACGAGAGCCAGCACGGCUUGCUCAUGCAGCUGCUCAAACUCACUCACAACUGCCUGAACUUCGACUUCAUCGGCACGUCCACGGACGAGUCCUCGGACGACUUGUGCACCGUGCAGAUCCCAACCAGCUGGAGAUCAGCAUUCUUAGACUCUUCCACUCUGCAGCUGUUUUUUGACCUGUAUCAUUCCAUCCCUCCUUCAUUUUCUCCUCUGGUAUUAUCCUGCUUAGUACAGAUCGCCUCGGUCAGAAGAUCCCUGUUUAACAACGCAGAGAGGGCCAAGUUUCUCUCCCAUCUCGUCGACGGAGUUAAACGAAUACUGGAAAACCCACAGAGUUUGUCAGACCCCAACAAUUACCACGAGUUUUGCAGACUGCUGGCCAGGUUGAAGAGUAACUACCAGCUGGGAGAGUUGGUGAAGGUGGAGAACUACCCUGAAGUCAUCCGACUGAUAGCCAACUUCACGGUGACCAGCCUGCAGCACUGGGAGUUCGCCCCAAACAGCGUGCACUAUCUGCUGAGCCUGUGGCAGCGGCUGGNCGCCUCCGUGCCCUACGUCAAAGCCACAGAGCCCCACAUGCUGGAGACCUACACCCCCGAGGUCACCAAAGCCUACAUCACGUCGCGCCUGGAGUCCGUGCACAUCAUACUGAGAGAUGGCCUGGAAGACCCCCUGGAGGACACAGGCCUCGUCCAGCAGCAGCUGGACCAGCUGUCCACCAUCGGGCGCUGCGAGUACGAGAAGACAUGCGCGCUCCUCGUGCAGCUGUUCGACCAGUCGGCCCAGUCCUACCAGGAGCUGCUGCAGAGCGCCAGCGCCAGCCCCAUGGACGUGGCCGUGCAGGAGGGGAGACUGACCUGGCUAGUCUACAUCAUCGGGGCCGUGAUCGGUGGCCGGGUGUCCUUCGCCAGCACUGACGAGCAGGACGCUAUGGACGGCGAGCUGGUCUGCCGGGUUCUCCAGCUCAUGAACCUCACUGAUUCCCGCUUGGCCCAGGCGGGGAACGAGAAGCUGGAACUGGCCAUGCUGAGCUUUUUCGAACAGUUCCGUAAGAUCUACAUCGGGGACCAGGUGCAGAAGUCCUCGAAGCUGUACCGGCGGCUCUCAGAAGUCCUGGGCCUGAACGAUGAGACCAUGGUCCUGAGCGUCUUCAUAGGAAAAAUCAUCACCAACCUGAAGUACUGGGGCCGCUGUGAGCCAAUCACCUCCAAGACGCUGCAGCUGCUCAACGACCUCUCCAUCGGGUACAGCAGCGUGAGGAAGCUGGUGAAGCUUAGUGCGGUACAGUUCAUGCUGAACAAUCACACGAGCGAGCACUUUUCAUUUCUGGGCAUUAACAAUCAGUCCAACCUGACAGACAUGCGGUGUCGGACCACCUUCUACACGGCACUUGGGCGUCUCCUCAUGGUGGAUUUAGGAGAGGAUGAAGAUCAGUACGAGCAGUUCAUGCUGCCCCUCACGGCAGCGUUCGAGGCCGUGGCCCAGAUGUUUAGCACGAAUAGUUUCAACGAGCAAGAAGCAAAGCGGACCCUCGUGGGCCUAGUGAGAGACCUGAGAGGGAUCGCUUUCGCCUUCAACGCCAAGACCAGCUUCAUGAUGCUGUUCGAGUGGAUAUAUCCGUCCUACAUGCCGAUUCUCCAGCGGGCGAUCGAGCUGUGGUACCACGACCCAGCCUGCACCACCCCCGUGCUCAAGCUGAUGGCCGAGCUAGUUCACAACAGGUCCCAGCGACUGCAGUUCGACGUCUCUUCCCCCAACGGCAUCUUACUCUUCCGAGAGACCAGCAAGAUGAUCACAAUGUAUGGCAAUCGCAUCCUGACGCUUGGAGAAGUCCCAAAGGAUCAGGUCUACGCCCUGAAGCUCAAGGGCAUCUCCAUCUGCUUCUCCAUGCUGAAGGCUGCUCUCAGCGGGAGCUACGUUAACUUUGGAGUCUUCCGUCUGUAUGGGGACGACGCCCUGGACAACGCCCUGCAGACCUUCAUCAAGCUGCUUCUGUCCAUCCCCCACAGUGACCUCCUGGACUACCCCAAGCUCAGCCAGUCUUACUACUCGCUACUGGAAGUCCUGAGCCAGGACCACAUGAACUUCAUCGCCAGCCUGGAGCCACACGUUGUCAUGUAUAUCCUCUCCUCCAUCUCCGAAGGACUCACUGCACUGGACACCAUGGUGUGCACAGGCUGCUGCUCCUGCCUGGACCACAUCGUGACGUACCUCUUCAAGCAGCUGUCACGCAGCACCAAGAAGAGGACCACACCCCUGAGCCAGGAGAGCGACCGCUUCCUGCACAUCAUGCAGCAGCAUCCGGAGAUGAUCCAGCAGAUGCUGUCCACGGUGCUGAACAUCAUCAUCUUCGAAGACUGCAGGAACCAGUGGUCCAUGUCCCGACCCCUGCUCGGCCUGAUACUCCUUAAUGAAAAGUAUUUCUCUGACCUAAGGAACAGUAUCGUGAACAGCCAGCCACCAGAGAAGCAGCAGGCUAUGCACCUGUGUUUUGAAAACCUAAUGGAAGGCAUCGAGCGAAACCUUCUUACGAAAAACAGAGACAGGUUCACCCAGAACCUGUCGGCGUUCCGUCGGGAGGUCAACGACUCGAUGAAGAAUUCCACUUACGGCGUCAACAGCAAUGACAUGAUGAGCUGACACCUCUUCGGACUCUACCUGUACAGAGCACGUCCCUUUGGUCGGGCCCGGGGCGAGCAGUUGCAAGGAGAGGGCCUGGCUGAUCCUGGCUCCUCUCUCCAGGGGUGUGGGGAGACAGCAACGGGCAACUCGCUGCUCCCCGGGAAUGGGGUGUGCGUGCACUCACGGCAGGGCGCUGCUGGUGCCGGGGCUGGUGACGGUGGUGGGAGGAGAGACACAACUGGCUGCGACUCCAGCCCCUCCUGGGGUCACCGUGGGGCAGAACCCCAGCGUCCUGCCACAACCUGCCUUGUAUAAACAUGUACAUUUUUUCAUAACAUUUUGAACAAGGUUUAUAUUGACUCAAGUUUAAAACAAAAAGUGUGACUGAGAAAUUUUUACAGAGCCUAGUGCACCGAUGCGGAUGCGAGGGGUUGCGUGUGCGAGGGAGGGACGCGUGUGCUGGUGGCCUGAAGCUUUCCCGACAAGGGUGUGUGGAAGUGCAGAGAUAUAUUUAGUGACACAGUGUAGAGAGGCAGAAAAAAAGGUAAAAAUUCCAAAUGUAUAUUUUUUCUUAUUGCCCUUUCCUCGCCCCGAAAGUGGUCACUUACUGUAUUAACCCUUGUUAUUAGGAACGCGAAGCCAUGCCGGAGCGCCCCGCCCCUCCCCUGAGGUGCCCUAGGGCCCUCUGCCUCUCUGGGGACAGAUAACUCCAGCUGGAGGUGCUGGUGUCCUCCUCUCCACCCUCUCACUUAUCCUCAUCCUCAGAUGCCUCUUGCUUUUAAAAGUUGGGUUCAACUGUGUGUUUUAAGGUUCUCGGUCUCUGCGAAGGUGGAGGCCAGAGGUCGUUGAGCCGGCUGCUCCUGCUGAGCGAGUCUGGAUGAGUCCCCCAGACGCAGAGGCCUGGCUGCCGUGGCCAGCAACUCAGUCUUCCCCGCCCUGGGGCCGUGCGCGUGGGUGUGUGCGUGUGAUAUUUAUAUAUGUACCUGCAGUCUGAGUGUGUGAGCUGGAGGAGGGCCUGCAGUGGAGGGGUUCUUAAUAACAAGGUCUACCUAGCAUGAAGUAUUUAACACCCUCCCACCCCUUUAAAAAUAUACAUUUUUAUAAAAUGAAAACCAUAAUAAAUGUUUUGAAUAUUAAAAACAUUAACCUGCAGAGGCAAUUACUGGAGAAAGCCCCUUGCCUUGUACCCUCCCACAACCGUUGCUGCUAGCUGCACACUUCUCUAGUUCGGCUCUUGCCCAUGGGACACGCGUCAAUUAGGUUUUACUUUUAUUUCUCUCCUCCACCCCCAGAAACGAGCCUGUCCACUUCCCCUUCUCUGGCGACUGUGGUGAGCCCUUUCUCCCGAUCAGGUUGCGGAUAGACUUGUAAGGGUGUUUGCUGCAUCCAGUGUACGCAUUGUGACCGCCAAUAAACGUCAAUGGUUUCUACUG